AGAGGGGAUCAGUCGGAGAGCGGACAAAGUGUUACCAACUGUGACAGUGGAGAUGGGGGAAGCUAAAAGGGGGAAACAUACCCCACUAGAAAGAAGAGGAGUGAACUAAAAGAGAACACAGACAUAGUUAUUUCCACUGCUCAACAAAAUAAGAGAGACUGAUGCUACACAGAGAGUGACAAAGUCAAAGAAAGGGAAGCAAGAAACCAGAAAGUAUACCGGCCGAAGAGUCCGUCUGCAGUGAGUAUUGAGCGCCUGUUCCUGGAACAGGGUGGGACCAUCACUAGGAAGACUCGACUUCAACCACCACAACGACCAUGUACAGUGGAUAUGGAGGGAGUCCGUCCCGAACUCUCUCCACCAUGUCCCUGUCCGUUCGCCCAGUCAGACGCCUCACCACCAGAUCCAUCACUAGGAGCCAGAGUUUUACUGGAGUCAACAACACCUACGACAAGCCCUACAGGAACCUCUCGGUGUUCAGCACCCCAGGUCUUGGCAGGAAGCCCAGCAGAGCCAGCAGGAUGUUCACUAUGUCCACCAAGUCCAACCCACUACCAAAAGUUCCUCAACCAGAGCGACUGGAUCAGGUCUAUGAGGCAUUGAGGAAAGGCCUUCAAUCUUACCUGCAGGUUUAUCAGAUGGACUUGGACAACCUCAGCAGACAGAUGAAAGAAUCAAAGAGGAACUCCAGACUGGGUUUCCUGUAUGAACUAGACAAGCAAGUGAAGGUGACUGAGAGGUACAUAAGACGAUUGGAGUUUCACCUCAGCAAGAUUGAGGAGCUAUAUGAUGCUUACUGCCUGCAGAGGAGACUCAGGGAUGGAGCUAACAAGAUGGUGAAAGCAUACACUGCCUCUCCAGGCAGUAAGGAGGCAAGGGAGAGCUUAACAGAAGCCAACAAAGGCUACAAAGAGUACACUGAGAACAUGUGUGUGUUGGAGAGUGAGUUGGAGAACCAGCUGGGGGAGUUCCACAUUAAGAUGAAAGGUCUAGCUGGAUUUGCCAGAUUGUGUGCUGGUGACCAGUAUGAAAUCUUUAUGAGGUAUGGUCGGCAGCGGUGGAAGCUCCGAGGCAGAAUAGAGAUCAAUGCCAAACAAGUGUGGGACAGUGAAGAGAUGGUGUUUCUGCCACUCAUCAGUGACUUCCUCUCUGUGAAGGUGACAGAGCUGAAGAGCUUAGCCAAUCACGUGGUUGUAGGAAGUGUUUCCUGUGAGACUAAGGAUCUGUUUGCUGCACUGCCCCAGACAGUUGCUGUGGAUAUUAAUGACCUUGGAACUGUUAAGCUGAGCCUGGAAGUCACCUGGAAUCCAUUUGAUAAAGAUGAUCAGGGGUCAAUGGCGAGCACUGUCAACAAAGCCCCAACGGUCAAUAAGAGAUUCUCAACAAUCUUCAACCAGAGUCCACCUGACACGCCGUCCUUACGUGAACAAGCCUUUUAUAACAUGCUGCGUCGUCAUGAAGAGUUAGAGAAUGGAACAGCGUGGUCAAAUUCUUCUGAAUCCUCUGACGAUUCUUCUAGUCCUCAGCUAUCUGUAGGAGGUCCACGCAACUCGACACAUCAUAAGGCAGUGGUGGUGACACCAGAGAUUCAGCCAACUGUAACAGGAAGAUCCUCUCCACAGCCUGACAUCUCAUUUAGCCUCAGAGACUCUUCCUCACAAACUCCAAAAUCCACCCAUAUGGUAUGCUCCGUCAGUGAGGUUCCGAACAACAGCCGACACCAAACAGAGAGCAACAGAGAAGAGGACAAGGGGACAGCCUCUGUGAUGACAAAACCUGACAGUGAGGAAGAGGAUGCAGGGAAACAGUCUCCCACUGCAACAGUGGAUGGAGUGGUGACUGAUAGCCACACCUCACGCAGCUACUUGCGCUCUCUAAGCCACAUUAGUGAAAGCAGUGCUGAUGGUAUUGUGUUAACGGACAGGUCAGCUGGGGAAUCAGGGGAGGAGAUUUCUUUGGCCUCUGGGAUCUCCAUCAAUGACAUUGAAAUGGAGCUGGCUAGCAGAACUCCUGAGUUACCUAGCUCUGCUGCCACAGACACUGACACGUCAUCGAGGAGGCUUGAUGUCGUCGAAGAAAACACAACAGUUAAGGGUGUCACAGAUCAACAUCCAAUCAGGUCGCCACAGAAUACAUCCAGCUCUGUCCUCACAUCCUCCUCCUCCGGGACUGAAGGAAUAAACUCUAACCCUCCAUCACAAAUGAACACACUCCCACACCAGGAGUGCAACAUAGUCCCAGAGAGCAGGGAUGUGACAUAUGUAGCUCAGCGGGUGUCGGUGGAGGAGGAGAUGCCAAGUGCAGAUGCCGAUUGUCUGUCCAGAGUGGGUGACGGUGAUGGUCCAGUGGACUGUGGGCUGGAGGAUGCCCUGGCAGUUGUAGUUUCCUCUCUGGAUGAUUACAGGGGACAGUUCCCUGAGUUACAACUACUGGAGCAAGAACUGAGGCUGCUGCAGGUUACACUGAAGGGUGGAAGGCACAGUCGUUCACCCAGUGUGGUCAGCCUCACAGUGGAAACGGCCCUGGGCAGCUUUGAUUUCCUCAACAUGUCUGACUGGGAAGAAGAUGAGGAGGAAAGGGGUGACAAGAGGAACAGAAAUGGCAGUAGGUCUCUGCAGGACAGAGGCUGGGACAGCCCCUCCUCCCCCACCCUCCCCCUUACUACAGGCUGCACCACUCUAGACUGCUCCCUGGUGGUCCACUUGAAGAACUGCAAUGCACAGUUGCUGCGUCUGGGUAUGUUUGGGCCUCUGCGCUGUGGAGAAAUGUACGCCUUAGACAGACUGCUGAGAGAGGCUCGAGUGCUUGAAAACAUCCGACGUAUCACUAGGGACAACCCGAGACGCCUCAGACAGCCCGAUGAAGUAAUACCUCAGUUAGGCCUGUGCCUGGGUGCUGUGUCACUAUGGCAACAGUGUGUGGGGCAGGGCAGCAUGUACAUGGUCUCUGCUGAGGACUUCCUGGUUACGUUGUCUACAGCCUUCUCCAGCAUACUGCCUGAGAGGGUCUGCAGCAUAUCUGACAAAGUGUUCCUGUGUCUGACUGAGCGAGUGCUGGAUCAGAGGUUACCACGGCGAGGCAGCAGCAGAGAUGGAGUGAUGGUGACGUUGUUCCAGCUCUGGAGUUACGUAGAGGCUAAUGGCAUCAGUGACAUGGAAAUACACAUCACUGAGCUAGCAGAAGAGGUGUGGUUGGUGCAGAGGCUGGCAUCAGCUGACCUGGAUGUGAUCGUUCAAACUCUGCGGCGUCCUGCAGAGUGUAGCUUGAGGAGAGAAGGACUUCAUGCUGUAGCCAAGUUACUGAAAGACCCACGAGGCAAAGUGUCAGCGUCUGCCAGCUCUGUACUGAGAAGCCUGGCAGCCCAGCCCAGACAGAGAGAGCAGGCCUUGGUCAGCUGUCUGGAGCUGCUGGAGGAUGAGAAAGUGGACACCAGAGUGUGUGGAUGCAAGGCCUUAGCUUGUCUGAAGGCUAAAGAAAGUAUCGACCAGUUAGUGUAUCUUUGUCGGACAGACAAGGAGGAAGUCCGAGAUGCUGCCAAACAAACGCUGCUCGUCCUUGGGGAGGAGGGGAAGAUGGCCCACAGACAUGUGGAGACGUCUCAGGACAGUAUACCAAGACUCUUCGCUCCAGGAAGCAUGGCCAGCACAGCAUUCUAACACACACACACACACACACACACACACACACACACACACACACACACACACACACACGCACACACACACAUCUACCCCAUUACUAACACUGAAAGAUCAAAAGACAAAUAUACUAUGAUAUACAGUAUAUACACUGACAGAGAAUCAUAUUCACAUCAAGAAUGACACCUCUGCUUAACACUGGGCAAAGAUUUAAGUAAGCUACAAAUACACCACUGUAUUGUAUAUCAGCCUGUGAUAUACUCUAAGAAGAUUGGUUAGACUGUAAAGAUGCUGGGAUGAAUGAAUAGUGUUGACAGGAGGGAUGAAUGAAGAGAGGAGCAGAAGAAUGAAAUUCAGAUUACUGGUCUUUCCACCACAGUAAUGUUCAUGGUCCAGACACAUAUAUACUCUUUUGAAAUAUGUCAAGAAAGGAAAACUUUAGAAAGCUUUACAGGAUAAUUACUGUUUUCACAGCCUUCAAAUGCCAAAAUAACUUUUUAGUUUCUUAUGAUUUGUGAUAUCAAUGUUUUAUUUCUCCCGCUUUCUGGAUCACAGCUUUUGAUUGGUUACAUGGUAAACCAGCAGGCAUACACAGAAUAAAUAUUCCAUUCUUGCUCUUCAUUAUACUACUUUAAGCCUAAACUGCCAUGUUUACUUAAGACCUCAAGGCUGUUUGUACUGUGCUGCUCCAGAUGAACAGUUUCUUCUGUUACAUGUCUGCAAACUCAACAUUAAAGACGCUAAAAGGCUUUCCCAUACAGGUCUGCCUAAACUGCAGCCACCGGCUCUACUUAUGCUUGUUGAUCAAGUUUUGCCAGAUGGCUGUGAAGACCUAUCUGGCUGUAAUCAAGAUCACUUAAGACCACUUCAGUCUAACAAUGUGCAGGUUUUGAGACAGAGUCAAGAGACUGAGUCCAAAUAUAGCUAAAUUAAAAUCUAAUUUAGUAUAUAGUAAGCUUUUAACUGGUGGGUAUAAACCUAGUUGUCUAAAAAAGGGACACUUGGUUGUUUUGUGGAAAAAA